UGUCUUCCCUAUUAUUCUUCAAUGUAGAACAUUUUACAAAUGAAGAAAAACCCUGGAAUGAGUAGGUGUGUCCAAACUUUUGACUGGUACUUUAUGUACAUUACUAGAUAUUUUUUUGUCCAGUUAUUAUUUUUAUACUCUUUGGUGCUGGUUCCUGUUUUUAUAUUUUUUUUAAUAUAUAUAAAAUACUUCAAUCAAACUGUCAUUUUUCAGAAAUUAUGAGGAAAUGACAGUUUCUGUAAAUUCUGUAAUAGGGGAAAUACAUCUAUUUAAAAAAAAAAAAAAACUUUGUGAAAAAUCUUUCUGAUUACUGAAAUCAUUAGAGAAUAGGAAACUGCUAUUAUCACAUGACGGAAGAAGCAAGUCUACUUCCUUAUGUAGGAGUGAUUUGGUCGGAGUAGUCAGGUGGGACGACGCAGACCCGGUGGAGAGUGUGGUGAAACAGAAAAAACACUGUCCGUGUUAGAGAGGAUCAAAACCCGAAUGUAUCAUGGGUAAAUUGUGACUGACUGAUCUACAAAUGAUAAGUUAUUUAUGAUGCAAGGUGAUUUGUAGAUCAGUCAGUUGACAUUUGCCUGCAGUCGUUUUGAUGCUUUCGAAACACGGCCACUAAGCGUGUUUGAGCAAAUUACUUUUGUCAAGUCGUUGACUAUCAUUGGUCAUCGCCUUUCAAAGUGGUUAUAAAAAUUGUUCGACUUGUGACUUGAGGACUGGAUGAACUUGACAAAAAUCAUGUGAUCAAAAGGUCAUGCAGUUUUUUAAGAGGUCACCAAGUCACUGCAGUUGCUUCUCACCAACUGCACCAUGCAGCCAUCACUUGCAUUGUGGGAGGCACUAUUUGUCAACUUUUUUCCAAUACAUGACUGAAACAGGAACCAACUUUGCUUUGAUUCAGGGGAUACAAAUGAAAAGUGAUAUUUGAGACCUCUCUCUAACCAAUUAAUUGUACACGUUAUGUGUCCAGUUUGUGAGUGUGUGAUAUGGAGGUACAGAAAGGUUUAUGUCGACAUUUAUACAGACAAACUUUUAGAAACAAUAGCAGCUAUGUUAACACUGCCAUGUUGAUCUGAGCCUUGAUGUUGGAAAACCACUACAGUGUCCAACUUUCGGCUGUCGCAGAUGAACCUCCCCCGACUUCACUCGCCGACUUUCGUCUAAAGCUUUGUUAGGCUUACUGCUCGAACACACCCACUGUCUGUCCUGCUGGGUUUUGAUGCAGUCUUUACCCAACUAGAUCAAGUUAGGAUUUGUCAGUGUGAGCUUUUGUUCCAACCCCAUUACUGUGUUUUAGGUGCCAAGCUUAUGGUAAUGUUGCAGCAGUGUGGAGAUUCCUAGAUGUGAAAAGUGUGCAGGAGGGCAUGAGACAAAGGAAUGUGUGGUAUCGGUGGGAAAUGUUGUGUGUUAACUGUAGGGGUACCCAUGUUGUUGGAGAUCAGAAGUGUCCGGUGAGAGAAAGGCAGGUCGAGGUUGUCAGGGUCAGAGUAGUUCAGAAGGAGUCGUAUGCUGAGGCAGUUAAGAGAGUAGUAGAGGAAGAUGGGUCCAGGGCGAGGGUUCCUAAGAUGAUCCCUGUGAGUAGCCCGAGGCCAAUAGAGAGUGAUAGGAAUAACAUGUUCUUCAGUAAGGUUAGCUUCUUAGCAUUAUUAGCCAUGGUUAUCAACUGUACCACAGAAAUGGAAUGUAAAUCACAGAAAAUACAUGUUGUGGUGGCAGCUGCAGAGAAGUACUUGGGUGUACAAGAUUUUACAGCAGAAGGUGUGUUGAGCGAUAGUGUCCCAUCCUGCCAGCCUGGUGUAGGAUCAGAUAGAGCCAAAGUAGUGGAAUAGUGGUGAGAUUUUAAUUGGUGUAGGGUUAAUUAGUUGGCAGGGCACAUUGUUUUCUUCCAGAACAGUAGGCAGACACACAGCCCACACAGAAGGUGGUGGCAUGCACCUCUAAUGUAUGUUUUCAGACCGCCAUAAUACCAUAGAAGAAGAAGUAGUAGUCAGGUAGGGGAAGGAGAAGGAGGAGCAUGUGAGCUGUCUGACAGGUUUGGCUGGUCUGUUGCUCCCUUCCAUUCUGUCUCUGCAGUAGAAUUCUGCAGUUUGUAUCCUCUGUGGUGUGCUGAGCUGUGGAGAGGCCUAGAGUUCUGUUGGGGACCUGUAAGAUUUUACUUCCAUUCUAAAGGACUUUAGGGCACCAGGGUUCAAGUGACAUCCUUAUGGGAACUGGAAGAAGACGGAAUCAUAUCAGCCACAAACAAAAUCCUGUCAGCUUUUGGGGACAGUAUGAUCCUGGAGUGAAGACAUCUGAAUAAUUUUGACUUUGGGUGGCCAAAAAAAGCAGGAUAAAGACAGGAGUCAAGGACAAACAAUCCCACCUGUGCUCCCUCCCAACCCCACCUCCAGCAUGCCUGUGGAGACACUACAGCCUGGCCUGAGACAGCCGGUGACAGUGAGGGCUGCUGCUGCUGGAAUGCCCAACCGCCUUCUCAUGCCCAACCGCCGCCUCCUCCAGCCAAGAACAUUGGAAGCAGCUGAGCCCAGGCAGAGUGCAGUGGAGAGACUGGCAGUAGACAAGGCUAAAUAUGUCAAGAACCAGGUGGCCCUCUUUAAGCAACAGCCAAUCAAAGUGCCUCUACCUAUCAUGCGCAAGCCUCUGAUGUCCCGUGCCCCCGCCCUGCGGCCCAUUCGUAAGGCCCAACUGCCUCGCCCUGACUACACCCAGCAAAGGAGUUCCCCACUGGACCUGGAGCACCUGAGUAACCUGAUCAACGGGGUGGGUGAGGCUGAAACUCCCCCUACCUCCCCAACCAUGGACCCAGUGGAGAGUAGUCAGGCCCCUGACUGCCCCACUACCAACUCUCCCUGUCCCUCUCCAAUCUCUGCUGGAGCUGGGUCAGGGGCUGCUGAGAGUAUCCAGACCCUCUGUCCUGAGUGGUCCACUCCAGUCAAAGUUAGGGUAAAUGCCUCUGGCCCACUAAGUCCUACAGGGUCUCCUACUGCUGUGACCAUACGUAGAGUGGACAUCAUACCCCACCACACCACACCAGUGAGGAUGCCCCUUAGAGCACAGCAGCAGAUGUGCGUCCCAUUGCAGCCCAUGGCUCUGCAUCCACACACCCAGAUCCACAACACUAUGUCACCUCUGCGUCUCUUCCACCCCAGAACUACCUAUGCACCAGGCCCUGCGUCUCCUAAACCUGUCCCAGCCCCUCCACCACAAAAUCACACCCCAACCCCCACCUCCCCAUCUAGCCCUGUCCAGCUCCCAGCCAACCCCCCCGUACUCCCGCCCUCCCCGUCGGUCACCUGCCUAUCGUCCGGCAGCUCCAGGAAACGUCCCUCUCUGAACCGCUCCAAAUCCGACAUGAGUGACCGUUACUCCCGGGCCAGUACUGAGCUGGAGCGCUUCUUCAACCUGUGUGGUUUGGACACUUCGGAGAUGCAGGUGCUGAAGGGGCCAGGCUCAGACAUCGCCUCCCUUGCACAGUUCCGCAGUGCCAGCGCUCCUGGGUCAGAGUGUGCAGGCCAAGAGGGUGAAGAGGAAGGUGGGGCUGCAGAGCCGGCACCCUAUGGCAUCUCAGUAAUUGAGAGGAACGCCAGAGUUAUCAAGUGGCUUUAUGGUAUCCGCACAUCCAAGGAUAUUGCCAGGAGCACCAACAUGUAGGUCCAUGAGAGACUGAUGUAAAUAGAGGCAGGGGAGAAAAACAUGGAGGUGCACUUUAAACACAAUUCCUGUACAGAGAAAAAAGCAGGAGAAGUGUGACUGCCGGUAUAAACCAACUAAUGAAAAUGAAAGGAAGGGACUGAUCUGGACUAAUAGUGAAGGACACUGUCUGUCAAUGCAGUUUGAUAGUGUUGGACAUCAUUUUGUGCAAAUUAUUUAUUGCAUGGUACUUGGUACCAACACCCCUUCCAUCCAGGGCAAAGCAGCAGUGUUUGGUGAAUGACGCUUCUAUUGAUGAUGUGGUUCCUCUGUACCUCAUCUCCCAUCGGUCAUCAAGGAGGCUCAGAAAAGGCCUGACGUCCAAGGCUACUCACCUUCCUCCAGCCAUUAUCAUUGGUAGUUCCAUGGUGAAGCACAUCUUAGUUGCUGGAGCUAAAACCCUGUGCUACCUGGGGGCUACGGUGAAGGAUAUCACAGGAUUUAUUUGGUCUAUCCUACAUCAAAUCAAAUUUUAUUUGUCACAUACACAUAGUUAGCAGAUGUUAAUGCGAGUGUAGCGAAAUGCUUGUGCUUCUAGUUCCGACAAUGCAG